AGAAAUGAGUCCCAGAGCUCCUUGCAAAGUAAUUGGUCUAAUUAGGUGGAAGGAAGGAGCGCCUUUAAAUUCCUCGGAAAUUAAGACGCGUCAUCCACUUAACAUCUUAACAUCUGCUCCUGCCUCUCCCCGCUGCACGGGGCUGAAGGACAGCUUACUGCCGGGUCUUUGGGGCCAUAUUUCCACCCACUUGCCCCCAAACUCAGAAGAUACUGACCCUUGCUCUGGGGGGAUGAAGCAUCUAUGGCAGCUGCCCCCAUCUUUGUUCCUCAAUUUGAUGCAUGUUUGCCUGGCUCAGGCGAAUUACGCUCCCUAUUUCUUCGACAAUGGAGCUAGCAGCACUAACGGGAACAUGGCACUUCUCAGCCUUUCAGAAGACACAGCUGUCGGUACACACGUGUACACGUUAAAUGGAACAGAUCCCGAAGGGGAUCCGGUAACCUAUGGCAUGACCUUUGAAUCUGGGUCAAGAAAGUACUUUGCUAUUGAUGAAAAUUAUGGAAAUGUUACACUGAUUGAAGAGCUGGACCGUGAGAGAGAAGAUGAGGUUGAAGUUGUCGUCAGCAUCUCAGAUGGCUUAAGUACGGUGGCUGAGAAAGUCAGGAUCCUUGUAACAGAUGCCAAUGACGAGAGCCCAGAAUUUACCAACACACCAUACAUAGCCCAAGUCCUGGAGAACACACCUUCAGGAAGCAGCAUCUUGAAAAUUGAAGCCAUAGACAGAGACACCGGUUCAGGGGGGAGCAUAACCUACUUUCUGCAGAACAUCCAUACAAAUAAGUUUACUAUAGAUCGCCACAGUGGUGUCCUUCGCAUCAAAACCGGGAUCACUCUUGACUAUGAAAAAUCCAGAACUUAUUUUGUUACUGUGGUGGCAAAGGAUGGCGGCGGCAAGCUCCGUGGCAACAACAAGGUGUUCUCAGCCACAACCACCGUCACAAUCAAUGUGGAAGAUGUUCAGGACACACCUCCGAUGUUUGUCGGCACUCCCUACUAUGGAUAUGUCUAUGAGGACACUCUGGCCGGUUCUGAGGUAAUAACGGUUGUUGCUAUUGAUGGGGACCGAGGGAAGCCUAAUGACAUUCAUUACCGCCUUUUGAAUGGAAGUGAAGGCUCGUUUGAAAUAAAUAACGCAACUGGAGCCAUUUCUGUUAUUAAAAGCCCAAAUCAGCUGAAGAAAGAAGUAUAUGAACUGAAAAUUCAGGCUUCUGAAAUCAGCCCGGAGGGUGAGGCGACUGCUCACGCCUUUGCCACGGCAACCAUACGAGUUGUGGACCUCAACAACCACCCGCCGACGUUCUACGGAGAAAACGGGCCACAGAACCGAUUUGAGCUCACAAUGUACGAGCAUCCGCCAGAGGGCGAGAUUCUGAGAGGCCUCAAAAUUACCGUCAAUGAUUCAGAUCAGGGGGCGAAUGCGAAAUUCAACCUCCGGCUUGUCGGGCCAGGUGGCAUUUUCCGCGUUGUCCCUCAGACUGUGCUGAAUGAAGCGCAGGUCACAAUCAUUGUAGAAAACUCUGCUGCCAUUGACUACGAAAAGUUCCAGGUCUUCACCUUCAAGCUUCUUGCAAUAGAAGUUAACACACCUGAGAAGUUCAGUUCAACAGCAGAUAUUGUGAUCCGUCUCUUGGAUACGAAUGAUAAUGUCCCAAAGUUUUCAUCUGAUUACUACAUCGCGAGGAUCCCAGAGAAUUCUCCUGGCGGCUCCAAUGUUGUGGCUGUAACGGCAACAGACCCUGAUUCAGGACUUUGGGGCGAAAUGAAAUACUCCAUUUAUGGAACAGGUGCAGAUCUAUUCCUCAUCCAUCCAUCCACUGGGAUCAUUUACACCCAACCAUGGGCCACGUUAGAUGCAGAAGUUACAUCCAAGUACAACUUUUAUGUGAAGGCAGAAGAUACGGAGGGGAAGUAUAGCUUGGCUGAAGUCUUCAUUACUGUGCUUGAUGUCAACGAUCACUCCCCAGAGUUCAACGAGAACAUCCAGGAAAAAACCAUGAUUAUAGGCACUCCAGUGAAAGUGGAGGCAAUAGACCAAGAUGCGGAAGAACCCAAUAACAUAGUUGACUAUUCUAUUAUGCAAGCAGAUCCUGCCAAUGUGUUUGAUAUAGACCAAAGCACCGGAGAAAUAAAACUGAAAUCCUACAUAAGAUCCUUGGACAUAAUUCACAACAUCACCAACAACAAAGACUGCAUAUGGUCGGUGGUAGUUCAAGCCAAAGAUCGGGGCUCUCCUUCAUUUAGCACCACCGCUGUCCUGAAGAUUGAUAUCACAGAAGAGACUCUUCACAAAGGGCCUAUGGCUGCCUUUUUGAUGCAAACAAAAGAUAACCCCAUGAAAGCCUUAGGAGUGCUAGCUGGUGUCAUGGGGGUGAUGGUGGCGAUCACCAUCUUAAUCUCCACCGCCAUGUUCUGGCGCAAUAAGAGGUCCAACAAAAUCAUGCCCGUGAGACGGAUCAUUAAAAAAAGGCAGAACCACCAACCAACCAGGAUGACCAGAAUGGAGUGGCUGAAAUUCAAGAGGCCCAGCAACGCUGCGGAGAAGUUUGUCGUCGAAGAGGAUACCAAGAGUCUGCAAAAUGAGAACAGCAACAACAACUUCCAGGUGCCCCUUCAUCCGCCGCCACCUGAUGCUCCAGCCCUACCUCCAGCCCCAGCACUCAAGACUAAUGUCUCUGAAUGGAGGGUCCCCACAGUAUCCGGAUCGCUGAGUCCGAAGAUUAUUAAAAAGCAGGCGAAGAAAGGUGCCGCGGUCUGCACAUCCCACAAUGCCCUGGUGUCGGAGCUCAAGCAGAGGUUUGAAAUGAGAAAUGCGGCAAGCCCUCACAUUUAGUGUCUCCUCCCCACAGCUUGCAUGGGGAGUGUGUCUUCUGUGUGCCAUUCCAGGUACAUGGUGUGAUUUUCGUAUUUUGCAUUUUGUACCAAUUCCCCAUCUCCCCACAAGCUGAAAACGCUCAUUAUCUCUUCUCGGUGUUUCGCAUCCAUUCGCCCGGAUCGCAUGCCAGUACAUAUCCUCUCGCCUGGUGCAAUUGUUUCACCUAUAACUUUAUGGUAAUAUGUGGUGAGCAUUUGUUACAAUGUUUUUAUACAGGUUCCCGCUGCAAAGUCUGCUUGCGUGUUUGUGUGCUGCAAUUUUCAGGAUGCCAAUUUGUUCUGUAUCUGGCCAAUGCUUUCCAGUGAUCUGUUUUAAAGUUCAGCUUGAAAUAUUGAAUGUUUUAAAAUAUCUCAUGCCAGAGUCCUCAAGGAAUAGCCAAGUAAGCCUAACAAGCUGCCCCAUCUCCUAGCAUGCCACUCGCUGAAAUUCAGUAGCUCCAGGGUCCAGCUCAGAUGUUGAUUGACCUUUUAAAUUGUUCUGCCCCAGCCAUAACUCGGGCUUUACUUGGGCUGGAAUUUGACAGCAUUCCCAAUCAUAUAGGCAUCAAGCAUACAGAUUAACAUGUCCCAAUGUGAGGUGUGAAUGAUGCAAUUUGCCCUAACCUGUCCAAGAAAAUCUCUUGAAUGAGAAAGGAAGGAGGUGAGGGAUCAUGGCAGGAGGUGACAGCCAACAGCAUCACUUUCCCAGCAAGGAUUGUGGUAUUUCUAGUUGCAAUCCAGUUUUUUCCACCUUCAGGAAGGUGAGGGAGGAGGCAGUUCUCAGGACUGAAAUGAACACAGACAGCAAGGAGAGUUGUGUUUACCCUGAUUCUGCUCACAGGUGUGCAGUCAGGGGUAUUCAUGUCAUCCCUAAUCACAGGUAACAUGAACAGUAUUGGGGCACAUGCAUUGAAUGACAAGUAAGGAUAGGUUGACAAAAAUUUAUCAGACGUAGAGAUCUGAGCCACUUCUGUCCAUAAAGUAAGCAGAUGAGUUAUACUGAAAACAGGAAUGUUUUCAUAACAUUCAGUAUUAUUGAGAGUCGACUCGUCUCUAUGUGAUAUGCCUCAUCGCAACAGACCAGUGACGUAAAACUUUUUAUGGAGGAGUGGAAAGACCAAGAGUUCUUUCUCUAUAAAAGGCAAAAUUGCUCCCUACACUGCUGCAAAACAGUGCUUUACUGCUUUACGAGCAUCCUAACCACUGAAUGUUUAAAACGCCGGUGUUUAUGGGAAUUUGAAGUUAAGGUGCUGCAGAGGGACAACCUGAACAUUCCCCUGGUGUUAAAUUACUACAAACAAGGCAGUUAAAUGAGAAACAUGGUGUCAGAAGUGUUUGCCUUGGAGUGGAGCUGGGCAAAGAAAAGGUGUGAACAGGAGAAAGACAGAAAUCGCUUGCAACUCUGCAUCAUUUUGAGAUGCAGCGCAAUUUAGGUAAACUUCUGCGCUGAGGCCAUUUAAGGAAUGUAGCAACAUCCCUUAAAAUUGUAUCAUGUGGAAUGGUAGUGCCAUACCCUUAUAAACAUGAUGUAAGGCUUUCAAGCUGCAUCCUGCUAACCAAGGAAUAUAGGAGGAUGUUGUGUGUGUUUUCUUCCUGAAACCUCCUCCAUUUCACCCAUUGUGACUGGUCCACAGGUGAGGCAGACAGACCUGUCCAGAUAGCCUGACCUUCUCCUGGCUCUAAUAGCCACAAGGCAGAGGGAAGCCUAACACUAUCUGCAUCAUAUCUAGACUGGUUUGCUGGUGGCCCUAACUUGAUUCCUUACUAGUUCUAAGCAAGAGUUGCCAUCAAAGCAAUUUAUGGUGACUUCAUGGGUUCAUUUUGGGAAGGAACAUCAGGGUGUUUGAAGGAGGCAAAGGCUGGUUCAACCAGACAUGGGUUUACCAACGUGGUUCCAUUCCCCACUCUAUAUUAUUGGGCUCCAAAUCCCAUCAGUCCUAGCCAGCAUGACCCUUCUUUGUGUGCCACCUCCAUGGGAGAUUUAGAGGGUGACAAUGCAAGAACGGGCCUUUUCAGUGGCACCCCUUUUGCUUUCUUCAUUCCUCUGUUUUGGGCCCUUGAUCUGAAGGGUGGCAUUGCGGGGGGGGGGGACGUAUCCCUGCCUUUUCAUUUAGCUAUGUUUUUAGCCUGUGUUGCUGUGUUUUUCGUUUUUUAUUGUUUUCAUUUGCUUUGCAAGAAAACCAACUGACAAAUAUAAUAAAUAAUAAGAAUAGCCGGUGGUGUUGGAACUUGUAGCCCUGCAAAAUCCAGAGGACGCAACAUUGGCUACCCCCAAACCAGAUUAACAAAAUGUCCCUCCAUUCAAUUUCGUAAAUUACACUCCUGGGCGAAUCCCCCACUUGAGAUCUCCAUGAAUAGUCACAGGAGAAGAUAAUAGCUUGAAGGCACAUGAAAGAGUCCUAUUGUUGAUCAGGUCUGGCCAUGUAAUGGCUUGGAAGAAAGUCCUCCCAGGAACUAUAUGUGAGGUGCUUGGAGCUCUUCAGAUGAAGAGCUGAGUAUAUGCGUCAUAAAUAGCUUUAAAAAGAGGCACAUCUCUUAUAUUGCACCCAGAGGGGCACAUCCAAAUCAUGGGAAGAUUUGUAAAUCAUGCAACAUCUUUCCUUUUGUUUCUGAACCUACUUAAACAAAUUCUCUUUGAGGUACCAAAAGCUUCCAAGAAUUGCCUGCAUUCCUAUUUUCUUAACACAGUGUUUUAUUGCACAAUGCGAUGAAGGUCAAAAAAACUCUAGGGCUGCCAUCCAUUUGUAAUCUGUAUGGAUUGUUCAUAUUUUUGAAAUAUAUCUGUCCAUAUUAUAUGUAAAAAAAACCUAUUGCAGAUAUACUUUUUCUGGAAUCAACAUUUUGUGCACAAACAAACUUGAAUCAGUUCUACAUUUUAUUUUUAAAUGAGGCGUUUGAGGGAGAAGAAAUUAUGGAACCACAAAAAGCAUCUUGUGCAUUUUGCCAGGUUUUAGGGGGGGGCAGAGGGUGAUUUGUGUUAGACUGUAGCUAACUAACAAACAGCCCUGUGGAACCUUAAAGACCAGCACAUUUGAUUAUGCUAAAGAUGCCACCAUAAAAUGUGUUUAAGGUACCGCAAGAUUUUACUAGGUUUUAGCAAUAGAAUGUUGGAAUUAGAACGAGACGGGAGGAAAGGUGUAGCAGGAUUAUAUUUCUCCUGCAACUCCUCCCCUCUCCCCAGCAGAAGUGUGCUGUACCUUCACAAGUCAAAGAGCCCAAUUGCGCUUAUAGAAUGGGCAGCAAAGAAUAAUUCUUCUUCCCCCCCUCGUAAAGGAGUCCAGAGCAGCUAUUGCCCACCUACAUGAAAAACAUCUGUAUUGCCCCAUCCUUUGGCAGCUGAAAAGGUGGCAACCCUCAGCAUCAUGUUCAAGAAAAGACUUAUAAUAUUAGACUUAAUAGAUUUCAACAUAAGUAAGAGGUAACUGUUUUUCUUUUACAUCGUGCAACUCCCCAUCCCCCAAACUGAAUGCAGUUGUUCUGUACUACGUGAACUGCGUUCCAAAUGUUUUUUGUUAAUAAAAACUUGUAAAAUG